CUGGGCGCUUGAACCGAAGGAGUCCCCUUUGCUCCGCCAGAUUGGGACAGCUGCUUUUGCCGGGCUUCGAGAGCAGAGAUACUGGCCUUUUGAGCUCUCUUCCCUUUGGGGCUGCUUCUGAGUGCAGGAGAAAAUAACUCUGUUCCCUUUGUGUUGCACUGCAAUAGUGAAGCCAUGGCUGAGACCCCCAGGAAGAGGCUUCGCUUUGAAGCUACUUGCCCUGUCUGCCUGGCCUACUUUUCAGAUCCUGUGACUCUAGACUGCGGACACAACUUCUGCCAAGCAUGCAUCUCUACAUGCUGGGAGGAGGCUGGCACAGAAACCAGGUGCCCACAGUGCCGAGCAGCCGUCGGGCGGGAUUUCAAAUCAAACAGGUCUCUAGCAAGCAUUGUCGAAAUUGCUCAGCAGCUGAAUUCCAUGGGCCUAGAGGGGCCAAAAUGUGUGACGCACAAGGCGCCUAUGAAUUUGUUUUGCAAGGAUCACGAAAUCUUCUUCUGCCUUCUGUGUGACGCCGCACAACAGCACCCAUGCAAAGCUGUGGUUCCCAUAGACCAGGCUGUUGAAGAAUACAAGGAUCGGAUUUUUCGCUGCCUAGAAGUUCUGAAGGAGGGGAGAGAAACCAUUCUGCAGUAUACAGAGAACUUGGAAAACGAAAGCCAGGAUCUGCUUGAGCUAAUGAAAGAAGAGAAGGGAAAAAUAGUGGCAGAGUUUGGAAAAUUAUGCCAGUCUCUGAGAGACCAAGAGAAACUUCUUCUGCAGGAUAUGGUAAACGUGGAGAAGUGUCUUGCAGUGAUAAAGAAAAGUUGCCUGUCCAGGUUCUCUGAAGAAUUGUCAAGCCUUGGAGGUUUCAUUCAGGAUAUGGAAGAAGUGUGUCAGAAGCCAGAAAUUCAAUUCCUUCAGGAAGCUAAAAGCAUAUUGCAGAGAUAUGAUAAGAAGAAGCAAUUUGAGAAUCCGUUCUUUUUCUACACCGUGCUGAAGUGGAGGAUUGAGGAAUUUCGUGAUAGAAAUAUCUGUCUGAAUAGUAUCGUGCAGGAGCUAAGAGGUGGUCUAACUGGAUUGAAUGCAGCCACAGAAACUAUAACACUGGAUCCAAAGACGGCUAGUCCCCAACUCAUCAUGUCAAGGGAUUUCAAAAGUGUGAGACACGGAGGCAAAGAUCCAGAUCUGUCCACAAAUCCUGAGAGAAUCUAUGACGACUGGCCUUUUGUGAUGGGCUCCCAGGCCCUCAGAGGGGGCAGAUAUACCUGGCAGGUCUUUUUGGGAAGUGAAGGAGACUGGGCUGUGGGAGUCUCCCAGAAGAAUGGUUCCUCAACUCCGAAGAGAAAUGAGAUAUGGCAAGUUGGGAAGUGGGAUGGGGAACAUUGGGCCUCCUGCCCCUCAUGUUAUCGGGAUCACUCUCUGCCUUUCAGUGAGGAGAUCCAGAGGAUCCGAGUUGUUUUGAACUGCAGGGUGGGACAGCUAGUGUUUUAUGACGCCGAUUCGGGAGCUGAGCUCACUGAAUUCAAAGAUGUCAAUUUUGGAGGACGAGAUGCGUUCCCCUUCUUUCGACUGUCUGAAAAGGGGUAUAUCGCCCUCAUUUCCUAAAUUGUAGGAUUUUCUGGUGUUACUGUCCAGGUUGUUGUUUUUUUAAGUCAAACUUUUUAUUGGACAAGAGCACCUAUGAUAGCUUUGCAAAAGGCCCAGAAUUCUAGUCAAAGUCUCUGAACUAAAUGAAACCGGAGUCUGUUUUUCUUUGCCUGCCCUUUCCCAGAUUUCCCUCGGCAAUUUAUUUCUUUAAAAAGGAGACGUAAUCUAAUAGAAAAUAAUGCUUUAUCCUAAGCAACGGCAGAAUAGUUUUUAUACAGGCAGUCUUUCAGGACCCUCAGUUCUGCUUUCAGAGCACACUUACUCUGAGGUAAAAUCCUGUUCAAUACGGCUUCGCAAAGAUGUUUAUGAUUUCAGCCUAUUUCACUUUCCUCUCUCAUAUCUCACCCUUCCCUCAAAACGCAUGGGUGGAUUGGAUUGUACAUUAUUCUCACCUACCCAAUUCAUAGUUACAACUCUGUAAAGGAGGCUAGGCUGAGAGAGAGACAGAGAAUGACUGGCCCAGGGUUCACUUUAUUUAUGUUACCAUUUGGGUGUGUACCACACACCAACUGGAUUUUCUCAGGAGCUUUCUUUUUUUCUUUCCAAAUGUGUUCUGGAGACUAAUGUGAUGGAGUAAUUCCUUUUGUAACGACAAUGUCCCCCUCCCUUCUUGAUAUGUACAUCCACAUUGUGGCUGAAUAAAAGUGUUAGUCUUUUAA